CUUUAUUCAUCUCCACGAAAAAGCUUACCUUCCCAUCCCUGCGAGAUGGCUUGCUACGACCUGUGCUCCACUGCUGUUGGUGGCAUCACCCGUCCCCAGCCCCUCGCUGACAGCGGGAAUGAGCCGUGUGUCCGUCAGUGCCCCGACUCCACGACUGUGAUCCAGCCGCCCCCAGUCGUCGUCACCUUCCCUGGCCCCAUCCUCAGCUCCUUCCCUCAGGAAUCUGUUGUGGGAUCCUCUGGAGCACCCGUCCUUGGGGGCUAUGGGGGUUACGGCUCCCUGGGCUAUGGGGGUCUGUAUGGCUAUGGGGGCUAUGGCUCCCUGGGCUUUGGGGGUCGGUAUGGCUAUGGAGGCUCUCUUGGUUACGGGGGUCUGUAUGGCUAUGGGAGAUCCUCCCUGGGCUAUGGGGGUCUGUAUGGCUAUGGUAGACCCUAUGGCUAUGGCUAUUGCAGCCCUUACUCCUACUGGUACAACAGGUACGGACGUGGCAGCUGCGGGCCCUGCUAAAUACAACAGGAAAAUCCACUGAAUAACGUGCAAGUGAAAAACAAAAUGCAGAUUCACCAGUGAGCAGAUGGGUGACAGCUUUGUGCAAGCACUCACAAAUCCUGUUCAUUGCAGUGCCUUCUGCAUGCUCUACAUCUCUCCUUUUUCCCCUUUGAAUUCUUUCCUGACAUCUUAAUGGGUUCAAUUCCUUGUUAUCUUCUACUUUAUCAUAUUUGUGACUGAAUGCAGUGAGACAUGUAACAGCAACAUUCAAAUUGCAUUUGACUCUUGACAUCUUGGAUAUAUAUUCUUAAUACUGCAACAUAUUUUUGUCCUUUUUGUUCUCAUUAAAAUUC